AUGGACAUGUUGGCAUUUUCUGGUUGUACUCAAGGUUGGAAUAGCGAGGAGGUGAAGGAGUUGACAAGAAUGAGGUAUGCUUAUCCCUGGUGGAAAGAGAAAAUAAUUAACUUUGAAUUGAAAUGGAAAGAUGGUUUAUGCCCCUUUACACUUGAGGAAACUGCUCUUACUCUGAGGGCGCUGAAAUAUAUGGUCAGAAAAGAGACACUGUUGGAAUCGACUGACCUUAGGUUUUUCCAAAAUCACUCAUCCCAGAUGGCUGUAUUGGAUUAUCUAGUUUCACUGGAGAGUGAUAUUUUUGUUCCUACAUAUGAUGGAAACAUGGCCAAAGUUGUUGAAGGCCACCGCAGAUUUCUUGGGUUCAACAAGACAAUUUUGUUGGACAGAAAACAGCUGGUAAACUUGAUAGACCAUUACAAUAUUGGAUCACUUACUUGGGAUGAGUUCUCAUCAGCAGUGAAGAAAACUCAUGCGAAUCGCAUGGGUAGGCCAAGUAAAAGGGUGGUGAUCCCAGACAGACCCAAAGAAGAGGAUUAUUUCUAUGCCAACCCAGAAGAGUGUUUGCUACCAUCGACGAAUCAUUGA